UAAUCAGUAUUCACAGUGCACGUUACUAACAUUUUCUUGCUCAACUACGGAACAAACGUCCCGAGGAGUGUAGAAUCUGGGCUCAAAAUCGAAGCGAGAACCAUACAUGUAGCUGAGCUGGUCAAAUUAAGGAGCGAAUUAAUUCAACAUAGGUUUAUAAAUUUCGGACUUGACCAGCACGUUACCAAGAUGUCUCACUUUUCAGAUGAACCAUGCCAGGGAUGUCUCCAAGACAAGGAACAAAAAACUUACCAUGUGGUGAUGAAAUUGUGCGAUGACUGCGCUCUGCAAAAGAAGCAUUUCAUCCAAAAGUUGGCACUGGAAAAGAAAGUGGUCUUCAAUUGCAGCAGACACCCUGCCUUUAAGGCUCUGGCAUUUUGCAUGCGCCACGAUGAAACGAUUUGUUUAGAAUGUCUUCCGGCACAUAUCGGUCCUUGUUGCAGUAUGAUGGACUUAAACGCGAAAGUGGUAGAUCGGAGAAUCCAGCUCAGUGAUCUGGUAGAACGAUGCAAGAUAAAAGCCGAUGAAUUCAAACAAUUUAAUAUCCACGUCGACACGAGAACGCAUGAAAUCGAUACUCACUUUGCUGAAAUCGAAGACGAAAUCCGCCAGCUAACUUCUCAAGAGAAACGAGAAGUGGAAGAGAAUCGAGACCUCGAGGCUGAGUGUAUCAAUAGAAAUGCUGAAGAAAAACUUGAGAGAAUCAGACAAGAGCAAUACGAGGAUCUGACGAGAAAUCAGCGGGAAGCAGAGAAAAGAUUAGACGCAAUAAAGAAGAAAGAAAAAGGACUGCUCGAGAGGGUUGAUCAAAUUAAAGCCAUAUUUACCAAGAAGAUUUCAACGAUGAAGUCAUAUCUUCAACAAACUUUGGAGACCGUGGAGAAGGCAGAGUCCUACGAUGACGAUGAAAUGCUUCAGCCAGAUUUUCAAAAGACCGUCGUGUCUCUGACUAGUGUCCUCAAUAAACAAGUCGAUGCCUGCGACGUUGACAAGCUAGUAGAAGCUGCAGAGUCAGUAAUGGGGUUUGAUGGUGACAAACGAAUUGAUGUUCCUUUGGAGAGGUGGGAUGAACAAGAAGGACUGACUUGGAAGACAGGACUGGGUAAAGGAUCCUACAUGAUGGGUGCCAUCAACAUGGAUGAAGUCUUGCUAAAGAGGGUGGAUGGUGGCUCGGUCCAUGCCAUGAACGUUUACAGUGGUGAUACCAGGGUGGUGGUCUCUGGAAAGACACCAUAUGAUGUUUACAGUUGUGCUGCUCUUCAAGACGGUAGGAUCGUUUGUGGGACACGCUUUGGCGAGAUUGUCGUUUAUGAUCGUGACUGGAAACCGCUGAGAGUGAUGCAUCUUGAUUGCUCAGGCAAGUCCGUCAAGUUAAGACCUGUUUCGAUCUGCAUUGAUAGAGCUGGUUUGAUCCUAGCUUCUAAUGGCGAAUCCACUGUUCAUGUAUUCAAUCCAGACGACGGAGACUUUGUCAGGUCAAUCGACACCAACGUCAGGUCUAUCUGCGAAAUUCAUCUUCUGUCAUCCGAUGACAUCGCGCUCCGCAUCAGAUCAUUAGAUGAAGAGUGUACUGAUGUUCGCAUCUUGGACAGCAUGGGAUGCCUUCGAUCCACUCAUCAUCUACACAACAAGAACGUGAUUGGCAUGGCUGCGGACAUGUCACGUGGCCAUAUAUUUAUGAUGCUCCUUGAUCACGAUGACGACUGCGAAGACUUCGACAUGGCAGUCCUUUCAUCAAGCGGUGUGGCAGACAUUGACGUCGAGCUACCUUUCGACUCUAGGACACUUGCCGAAAUGUGUUUCAUGCCAGAGAAGAGCGACUUGGUUGUGCACUACGAAGAAACAACUGUAAUAUUUAGGAAAACCGAACAGGGUCUCGAAGAAAUAAUCAGUAAAAUUGAUUAAAUCACAAACUAUAAUAUAAUCAUGGUAACAGGUCACGAUGUAUUUCUACAUUCGUGCCAUUUGCAUGGCUGCGGACAUGUCACGUGGCCAUAUAUUUAUGAUGCUCCUUGAUCACGAUGACGACUGCGAAGACUUCGACAUGGCAGUCCUUUCAUCACUUGUUUUACAUUUUGGAGUGUGUCGUUAUGUAUCAUAUAUGCAGUUUAUAACUUUUUAAUCUUGGAACACACAUUAACAUUCAUUAUGUACCCCAAAAUAUGACGCUGCAUGGAGGUACGGUACUGUUCUCUUUUCUGACAGAUCGACAGUCAUUGAUCAUGUACACCGGGAUGAUGAGAUAAAUUAGGGCGAGACUAGAAUAGACCAGGGGCCCGUAUCACAAAGAGUCGCGAUUGAUCCGAUCAAUUACAACAAUGGACGGCCAGCAACGUCAACGUCUAUUAUGUAUGUUUGUUCAAAAUAUUUUUAACUUUGAUGUAUAGGCCUUUUCAUGCAUUCAAUGUUUUCUUGAAAACUCGCUUUGUUUACAAAAGACAUUGUGCAAAUUUCCUGUAGAAACAUUUAUGACACUGAUGGAUUUCCAUUUAGAGUAACGAUUGAUUAGAUCAACCGUAACUCUUUGUAAGACGGGGCCCAGAUACCUGUCUCAAUCAUGUCAAUAGUUUGACUUAAAAGAAGGGAAAAUCGUGUUUUUUUUUAGUUUACCAUAACAUGGCAGGAAAAUAAGCAAACAAGAAAUUGAAUCAUUUUGUUCCAACCAAGUCAACUUGAAGACGACUAGGAGAAAAUUGAUUUCAAAGUCGAUUCGAUGUGGAAAAUAAAACGAGAAGGAAUUAAGUUGUUGCCGGUCACGUCGUGUUCAUCAGGACAAUCUCCAGAAAUUUCAUUACGCCGAUUUGUCAUAACAACAGAAUAAAGAAAUAAAAAUUCCCAGAUGUCCGAUCUGAGCAAGUAUUCGCACCGCGUCGCUGAACGAAUUCUAGAACACAGUAAUAAUGUAUUGAAAAUGCUCUUCAAAUGCCGAUGGACAGCUUGGAAGUCUUUGUCGAAAUUCGGUAAACCGGAACAGCAGUUCGUCCAAAGUUUCGGAGCGGACGAAAAAUUGCAAAUAUGUCGUUUUUCCAGAGUCCAGGACGAAACAGCUGUUUUGAUUCACCGAUUUUCGAUAAAGACUUCUUGGUUAUUCAUUGUCAUGAAGGGCGUUGACAACACAUUUUUUAUGUUCUUAAAAGCGUCCUAUGCAUCACAGUUGUGAGAAUCCCCAAUGUCUUCACCCACGUGACCCAAGUCGAAAAAAAAUCCUAGAUCUUGCAUUCUUGUGUUAUUUGUCUUCUGGUAUAUAUUGACUUGAUCAACUUGACAAGAUCCUCAUCUCACAGCGCAUUUAAGCAUCAGUAAGAGUAUUUUCAACUUCAAGCCUUAAAGAUGGGUUGGGUGGCAUAGGUUCAUAACAUGAAUAAUAAUAUAGCCACAUUCUUAUAACUUUAAGCGGAAAAUUCAACAGAUCAUUAGACAAUAUGAUAUUGAUGAAACAUAUCUUUGUACCCAACUUUUAUUUCAUCCAUUCGCUUUUUGUUUUCUUUGUCACAUCAUUGUGACAAUAUUGAUAUUUGGUUAGUUUGAUCGAAGGAUAUUUAUCAAAUUUUGUGCACUUCUUUCUCUUUCGUUAUUGUACAUGCGUGUCUUGUUAAUUUCAUAAAUUUUAUGUGAUCACGGUAAUUAUGAUAAUCUAUAGAAUGUUCCUGUGUAUUACAGAUAUUUUAUUUCUUGAUUUGCUUGAAUUUUUAUUGGUAAUCAUUGCGAUCAUUUUCAGGUGAAAGAUGAAUUGUCAUCAUCGUCAUCGUCGUCGUCAUAAGCAUCAUCAUCAUUACCCCCUUAUCAUCAUCAUCGAUUUUAAACAAGUCCCCAGCAGUUGGUAAUUUAAAACAUCAUCAAUUUUAAAUGGAAGUGAUUGUGAAUAACCCUACUCAAACAAUAUGGAAUACUUAUUCAUCUUUAUAAACGUUUCGUGUGGGUUUGUCCUAGUUGAUUAUCAUCAUUAUCAGUAGUUUUAUAUCAUUUUGCUUAUGAUUCAUAACCAUAUUUAGUACAUUCGAUGUGAUAUUUUGUUCAUAUAUUUUGGUGGUGCUGGAUUUUUCAUAAAGCCUUUUUAUAUUUUC